CGAAAAGGGAAAAGACCUCUAGGUAUCCCCUAGGUAGCGCAGGAUAGCGCGAGAUAGCUUAGGAUAACCCUGUAACCCUGUGUUCAAUGCCUUAAACGUCGCCUUCUAUUUUCUUCCCCUUUAAUACUCCAAACGCCAAACGUAAAUCCCAUACCCAUACCAAUACCAAUCUAAUCCAAUCCAAUCCAAUCCGCACCAACGCAUACACCAUACACGCUUAUCGUUGCAGCACGUCUGAUCGACAUUCUACCACAGCAACGAAGCCGACGAACCCACGAAUCCAUAAACCCAUAAACCCGUAAACCCACAAAGCGCACGCGACCGCGAGGUUGGGACCCAAGAACCCCAAGGUUAUGCUUUCACUUCGCAGAAGUCCGACCGCCUAUCAUCUGUUGUUUUAUCCUACCGUUAUUCCUUCUUCAUUCACAUUUGGGCUUCGUGAUGAGAUGUCGGAUAGAUUGUUUGGGCUCUAAUCAAAUAUGGCCGACUCAGACACCAUCUCCUCGAUAGAGACCGAGGAACAAUUAUGGGAUGAAUUAAAUAAAAUCGUCGCUAUUCAAUGCCCCGCAGAAGCCCACGAGACAAUCGAUGACGCCCUGCGAUCAUGGCUUUACCUCGCGUCGCGAUGCAGAGACGAAUUCUCUCAAUCCGAAGAUGAUGUAGCGACAUGUUCGCAAACUCUCCUAUACGGAAACCUCUUCCGCACCGACCCCGAAUACGUGCGCAAACAAAUUAUCUACAGUUUGCUGCAAGAGGAUGAGCCUGGCCCCCUAUACGUCAUCGCUAGCUUUUUAUUGCUGGACGGUCGAGAAGAAGAGGCUACAUUUAAACGAAUGAUCGAAGAGGGAUGUUUCCACCGACUGGUGGAGCUAAUCAAUGGCCGAAAAGACGAUGACCCAGGUUUGCAUCGAUUGCUAUUGGAGUUAAUGUACGAGAUGUCGCGGAUUGAGCAGCUCCGCAUUGAGGACCUCCUGCACGUCGACGAUGGGUUUGUCACAUAUCUAUUUCAACUUAUCGAGGGCUUAUCCGACGAUGUCCACGACCCAUAUCAUUAUCCAAUCAUUCGAGUUCUUCUCGUCCUUAAUGAACAGUACAUGGUUGCAUCGACAACCGCCAUGAGCGAACCUACCUCCCUAACUGCGCCGUUGACAAACAGAGUCGUUAAGUGCCUCAGCAUAUACGGACCGAGUUAUAAGACAUUCGGCGAGAAUAUCAUAUUGCUGCUUAAUCGUGAGACCGAGACGUCUUUGCAGCUUCUUAUCUUGAAGCUUUUAUACUUGCUUUUCACCACCAAAGCCACGUAUGAAUAUUUCUACACCAAUGACUUGCGAGUGCUUCUCGACGUCAUUAUCCGGAACCUUCUUGACUUGCCGAAUGAGCUGAUGGCUUUGCGACAUACAUACCUUCGCGUCCUAUAUCCCUUACUUUCACACACGCAGCUCAGCCAACCGCCUCAUUACAAAAAGGAUGAAGUGCAGAAGUUGUUGAGGAUAUUAACUAAUGCUGGCAACAUCCAUUUUGCGCCUGUGGAUGAGACCACGAUGAGGCUUGUGGAUCGUGUAGCUAAGGUCAGAUGGCUUUCUGACGAGUCCGAAAGCUUCGGAGCCAGUGAUGUGGCGCGCAAAUUCCUUGGAAUAAGCCUUUCGCACAACGACUCCGCUAGCAACGUUAGUGUUGUGCACGUGGCGGCGGUUAUGGAAAAACCAGGUGUUCAGACACCGAGUCGGAAGGCUGAUUUCAAAGCCGAAAAUGGGGCUGGAUCAAAAGCCGACGUUAAGAGCGAUUUAUCGCGCUCAAGUUCCAGCGGACAUUCCAAAGACCCAUCGAAACCAAGCAGGCCGAAAAAGCCACUCCCCGAAGUACCGAAGCAUCGACACGGAAUACCGUAUGCCCCCACGGAAAAUGGUAAUGGGAAUAGGAGUUCUAAAAAGUUACCACCGAAGGCACCGCCGCCGAGACGAAAGGGCAGGAUGAAGCAUUCGACCGAGGCGGUAAAAUCUAUAUCGGAGAUAGUCUAAGGCUUGGUAGCUCUUCUUCUUGGAGAAGAGCAAGGAACGUAAUUCGAUUAAUUAGGAACAAUGGCAUUUUGAGAUUGGACUCUUCUGCCGCGACCAGCAGAAUGGCAUUAUGAAACUUGAUAUGGGGAACGGCGUACAGGAUGGGACAGCUGAUGCUGAUGCUGAUAAUAUCCACGGUCCGCAAUUAGGAUGCUGAACUAGCAUUUGCAUAAGCAAGGCGUUUUACGGGGUUUGAAAGUUGGAGGGGGGAUGUGUGGUGUGGGUUUCGAACCGUGCGUGUGAGCAAGUGAAUAAUAAGUGAAUUAGUAAGUAACUUAAGUAGUAGUGUUUGAAUUGUUGUAUAAGCAUAAGCAGACUAUUGUCAGGAUUAUGAAGAUAUUAAUAUAAUAAGACUUAUGAAGAUUCGAUUUUGA